UGGUGGCUUUAUGGUUGCGUCGCCGUGCUCCGCGGUGUUUUACGCGUCGCGUUAACGCUGUAAUAUCACUUCAGCGUUGCCGCGGGGGGUUACGGCGUCUCAUUAGUGUUCGGCGUCAUUUCACGCGCUCGGAUACAGAGUUGAUAUUUGUAAAAAGGUAUCGCUGUGCUUUUACUACAUUAUUUCAUAGGCCUCGAUGUGAUCGCUCCACAACGCAGCCCAAUAUGAUCGCUGGCUCCCUGCUUGAGCCCUCCCACCGCCUCUGAUGUGUCUACAUUUUCAUCCCAUGGCCGUCUCUAGGUGAUUUAGCGCCGCCAGUCUCAAGCAGGUGUCCAACAUGGCGAUCACGGGGAGCGGAUCUCUCGCUAUUUCUCUCUCUGUUUUCGUGAUUUCAGCGGUGUUUCUUCUGAAAGAAGUGGAAGGUCAGAAUCUGGCGACCGACAACGUGUCGGUGGUGGAAGGGGAGACGGCGACCAUCAGCUGCCGAGUGAAGAACAACGACGACUCUGUCAUCCAGCUGCUCAACCCAAACAGACAGACCAUCUACUUCAAAGACGUCAGACCUCUGAAGGACAGCCGGUUCCAGCUGGUGAAUUUCUCUGACAACGAACUGCGGGUGUCUCUGUCCAAUGUGUCACUCUCCGAUGAGGGACGCUAUGUGUGCCAGCUCUACACGGAUCCUCCUCAGGAAGCCUACGCAGACAUCACUGUCCUGGUACCGCCGGGAAGCCCGGUCAUCGAGAGCCGCGAGGACGUGGUCAGCGAGGGGAACGAGACGGAGCUCACCUGCACGGCCAUGGGCAGCAAGCCAGCCGCCUCCAUCAGAUGGAUGAAAGGGGAGGAAGAGCUGACAGGUGAGACGGCGGUUGAGGAGAUGUAUGACAGGAUGUUUACUGUCACCAGCCGGGUAAGAUUUUCUGUCAGCAAAGACGAUGAUGGAGUACCGGUGGACUGCAUCAUUGACCACCCAGCAGCAAAGGACCUCCUGGCUCGAAGACACCUGGAAGUGCAAUAUAAACCGGAGGUGAAGAUCGUGGUGACGUACCCUGAGGGUUUGACCAGAGAGGGCGACAACCUGGACCUGACGUGCGUCGCCGAGGGGAAACCGCAACCCCACCGGAUCAACUGGCUGAGAGUGGACGAGGACGUGCCGCCCCACGCCGUGGUCGCCGGCCCCGAGCUCUACAUCGAGAACCUCAACAAGUCCUACAACGGCACCUACCGCUGCGUGGCGUCCAACGCCGUGGGGGAGGCCUAUGACGACUACAUCCUCUAUGUAUACGAUGCUCCCACUACUAUCCCCACACCCACCACCAACCCAGUCAACACGCAAGACUCCAGAGCCGGCGAGGGGGCCCCGCAGAAAAUUGACCACGCUGUCAUCGGAGGAGUGGUUGCUGUGGUGAUGUUUGCCAUCCUCUGUGCACUCAUUGUUCUCGGUCGAUACUUUGCCAGACACAAAGGAACCUACUUCACGCAUGAAGCCAAAGGGGCGGACGAUGCGGCCGACGCCGACACGGCGAUCAUCAACGCCGAGGGCGGACACAACAACACAGACGAGAAGAAGGAGUAUUAUAUCUAAACUGGACAGGCCAGGAGAGACGGGUGGGGAUGCUGGCUGCUGGUGGUGGCGGUGCUAUGGGAGUGAAAUAUCUAACUCUGAUUGGUUACAAGAUGGCGCGUGCACGAUUUUAAAGAGGAGAAGAAGAAGAAAGAAAACCGUAGAAAGUAGGACUGGCAUGGCCGAGUGGGCCAAGAAGGGCGUCGCUGAGUCACCUGCCGACCCCUCCUGGACUGCUGGGGCCUAUUCUGUACAGUUCAGUUAUUUUACAGACAAUUUUGUGCCUUGUUCUAUUUCUUUUUGUUCCUUUUAUUGUUUUUUUUUUCCCUUCACUUGCUUGUUGGAUUGGAUUUUUAUCCACGUACUCCACCUGAUCCUCGGGCCUCGUGUUUGUCUAUGUGUGCUGCAGCUAGCGUUUAGCUCAUGUACCCAGAUCUGAGAGGAUCCAGCUCAUCCACGCUUUUUUUUUUACGAGUAUUCUCCAGAGGUCAGUAAGUGAAACGCGGUGUGGACGCAUUUUUCUCCACCGGGUCAUCGUCCGACAGGUCCUGCCUACGUUUGCUACAUGUUCGCAGGUCUGGUUGGAUUCCACGUAUUUCAGCGCAGACUCACACUCACCUCUUCGAGGUCGCAGGGUUCGUUACUAAGAGACAAUUGUGAGUAAUCAUGCUCAUUAUAGAAUGUAUUUGUUCCUGAAAGUGAUGUAGGAGUGCUUUUAAAUAUAGUUUCACACCGAACCAGAAACGUGCAACUGCUCACUUGUUGGCUUCAAGAAAACUCCAGGCGCUUAGUAGACGUGAAGUCAGUUUAGUAUUUGUUUAGGGUAUCGUGGAGUGACGUUUAAGACAUCCUGACAGCUGUAAGACUUCAAAUCAGAACCACUUAUUCAUUUUAAGCUCUGUGUGGGGAAUUAUCUGAUGGUCAAGAGAACUAGGGCGAUUAAAUAGCUGAAGAUAACCUUUUGUGUUGGUUUUAGUUGGUUUUAUGUUAACAAAUGGACCUGGGUUUUAAAAUGACAAAGGAAGUGACAUUUUGGGAAAUAUAUUCACCUCUUUUUUUUUGUACCCACACCUUGAUGAGGUGAUUGACCACAUGGCUUACCAGCUAUUAUAAGCUGUAAGUCUCAUAAGCUUAGCUUAGCUUGGCUUAGUUUAUUUUAUCUUAGGUUAGCUUAUCUUAGCUUAGUUUAGCUUAGCUUAGUUUAGCUUAUCUUAGCUCAGUUUAGCUUAGCUUAGUUUAGCUUAUCUUAGACAUCUGUUGGUAAAAAAUGUUUGGCUAGUAUACUGUAUCUUGUGUGUAACCUGUUAACUGGGAAUAUAUACAGGAGGAAAUGGGGACGUCAUUAUCGACCUUAAUGUUAUAAUGUAGAAUUUGAAUGAUAAGAGUCAUUUAAAUGGAAAUUCAUGUAGAAGAAUCUUGUUUCUUCUGGCUUCAUGCUGACAGAUUGUUGGUUGUGUACAGGCGUACCUGUGGCCUGGUAAACUAUAAAUUGAAUUAUUUGACACCACUGCUAUUUUUCAGAUUAAAAUUUAGAAUGUAGACCGUGGAAAUCAAAGUCACUUCCCUGGCAUCACAUACUGUACAACUCAUAAUUUUAGGACACGAAACAAGGCGAUUCAUAUCUGUAUAAAACCAACAACAUGUACAGUAUGAAGUCCAAAAGACAUAAAGUUUUUGUACAUAAAUUCCCAUUUCAUUACCCUAUUGUUUAAAUACGUCAUUAUAACACUAAAGUCAGAUGUCCAUACUGUAUAUCCACAGUAGUUGAAAUGCUUAGUCAGCGAUGCCCUGGUAAUGCAGUGAAAACGCUGGUCCUUUUAAAGUGCCGCAACUCUAAAUUUGCUUUAAAGACAAUAUUAGUGAAAAAUUAUCUUUCAUGUUUUUACUUUGUGCAGAAAUAAGCUACCAGUCUGGAUGCAGCUUUAAAUUGUUUAAUGCAAUCACCCAGCAUGAAAAAGAAUUCAGUGGUACAGUAUAAAUCAUCACUUUUGUCUAUAAGUAUUUGAUUAAUUUGAUCCAAUAUGAUGCGCCUACACAAGAGUCAGGGUAAUAUUCGUGGCCAGAAUGUGAUGUUUUUUUGGGAAGCGACUUCCAUGUGAAUUAAUGAGCAUCAUUUCUACUCCUAAUAAUGCUUCCCCUAUUUAAUGCAAAUACAUGAGAGUGGCAAUCCUCUAUACUGAAUUAAUAUAUUUCCCAGAAUGUUCAUUUCCUUUGAAGUAAAAAGAAGACAUAUUACAGUAUAUGAAUAAGUAUUAACAGUAUAUGAAUAAGUCUUCUUGUCUUAGGUCUUAUUAUAUACAGUACACACACACAUCAUUCACAUCCUAUAUAUAUAUAUAUAUAUAUAUAUAUAUAUAUAUAUAUAUAUAUAUAUAUAUAUAUAUAUAUGGUCCUACUGAACAAUUUAUAACAUUUUAUUAAAAGUAUUAUUAUUACAGUAGACUAUUGAUGCAGCCUGCUGUUUUUGUUUUGGUUCAUUCUCACAUUUUAAUGCCAACCACAUCGAACCUGGACCAAACCUAAUAAUAGAUUUUAUCGAUUAGCCACACACAGAUAUCAUGAAUAUUACAGUACGUGUAUACAGAAAGUUGCAGAAUGCAGAAUGCUCCUCUUAAAAAAAAUAGUGAUAAUACACAAUAGGUGUUUAUUUUAUUUUCCAGUAUAUUUUCACUUUUUGCAUUUGAAUGUGUUACUUUAUAAGGAAGCAUGUUACACUUUCAAUGGCAAAGUUUCUUGGUAGUUAUUUGUAAGGUAUCCAGGUCUGUUCUGUAUGAAUACUCAUAGCAAGUGAAAAGAGGAAUCACUGCGUAUUCACUGGCUUAAAAAUCCUUUUCACACAGACUUUUCUGCCCUCACUGAAACAUGACUAAAAAGACAUUCAAUCACUGCAAACAUGAAUCAGUUAUAUUUCCUUGCUGUGUGUAAAGACGUUUUACCUUUGGGCUGUCUUUGAUAAGUUGUAAGGCCGAGAGCCCUUACAAGUUAUCAAAGAUUUGCGAAGAGCUUUAGACUUAGUUUGGGAGAGAUCAUUUUCUUUCUGUCAUCCUGCAGCCUCAAACCUUCACAGGAGCCGUGUACUGUUACAAAUUGCCCAUUUUUUUAACAACACAAAUGAGAAGCUCCUACGCUUGGUGACAGAGACGCAGCGUGCAUGCUUCAUGCCUCUGACUCCGUCACUGCUAGAAGAGUAAAACGUUUGGUAAUUGGUGCGUGAUUUCAUUAUAUUACCUGGAUAUGAGCAAAAUAAAUGUGUUAUGAUAAAGGACAAGCACUGCCUUAAAUACAUCUCUUGACAUCUAUCGCUAUAAAGGAAAAGACUGAAGGACUUCAUUUAGUGCCUUCUUUGAGGGAUGUGGUUAGUAUCACACAGUAUCCUCCUGUACUCUCUUACACUAUAUCUUGUAUACUUCUAACUCACAGGGCCAAUACUCAUCUACGUGCGUACGUUGUCUAUAUUCACACAGUAUAAAGCUGCAUCACAUUUACGAUCUGGAGCGUAAAAGACGCUGGAUUCUAAACAAACACACACACACACACACACACACACACACACACACACACACACACACACACACACACACACACACACACACACACACACACACACACAUUUCUUUCUUCAUCAGGGCAGUGUGGCAGCUUCCAUUGACAAGAAUGUCGUAUGCCAGGAUGUAGUAUUUAUUGUCUUAAUUAGUGACAAAACAAUUUUAAUUUGGUCAUAAUUAUUUUCUCUGCUUCACUUCAUUUGUUAUUUAUUCGGAUGCCGUUGAGGACGGGGCUCGCUAGUAUUAUCCGAGAGGAACACAGUACUGGAAGCUAUAAUAAGCUACAAUGAUAGUACACAUCCCUGGAAUUUAGCAUUCUGCUGUCAUGGAAACGGUGAUGUGCAUGACAAAUCUUACUUUGAGGUUUGAUAUUUAUCUUAAAUUGUUCUAAAGCCAGUGCUGCUUUGAAUCGAGGAACAUUAAAAGAUUUUGGUUAGCGUCAUUCUAAUCUAACUCCUGGUUGGUUUUAAAUACUUGAUAUUAAGUAUGUUUCCUUUCACUCUCUCAGGUUCAUGAGUGUUAAUAGUUGUUUUUUUUUUUUCUUUUUUUUUUGCAUCUCAGGUAGAAUGCAAACUUUAAGGCCCCAAGUAUAUACUGUAGUAUCACAGCUACUCAAAAAGAAGAACAACUCACAAGGUGUACAUGUUUUUGUUUUCUCGGUUGUACAUGUUUAUGUGUUCUUAAUAUGGUGCACUGUUACGGUAAACGUUAACUAUUAUUUUGCAUAGACCUAGUUCACAAACAAAGAAAACUAGAUUUGUUAAGCAGACGAAAAUUAUGUACAGUCAACGUCAACAGAACCACGACGAUCUUCAUGAAACCUCUUCUUCCACUGUAACUCUUUGCUCAUGCAGUAUUGGUUAUUUAGUAAUUAUAGGAUGUGACCCCAGACAGUUGAACGAGCAUUUUUGAUUCACGCAUAACGUUUCCUAGAUGAAAAGAUGGUGUAUUUACUGUGACAUAAAGUUUUAUGAAUGAUCUGUAACAUGUCUUGGAUAUUUUGGAUGAAGCUCGCGUUGAAAGCCUGGGGACGGAGGGGCGUCGGAGGGUUUGGCUGUUCCCUCACUCCUCUCAAAGUGGUUGUUUUGGUUGUUGAAUCUUAAAUUUCUCUCUGUACCCGGGUGACAUCUUUCUUUUGUGUAGUGAAGAGGAUGUUUCUCAUUUGGCCAUGCAUAUUUUGUAUCGGUUUACGCCAACAUUUUUACAAAAGAACAAAAAAAUCUGAAGAGUACUUGUCUUAAUAAAAAGAUAUCAAUGUUUAAA